AAUUUGUCCUUUGUUAGCUGAGGCCAGAGGCUCCAGGCACUUCCAAGCCGCGUUACUUUAGAGUUCCAAGGCCUGCAGCCCCUCCAUGGUCUCAUCAGACCCGCAGCAAACACGUCUUCCAUUCGUGGUUCAGAGGCUGCCUCUGGUCGUCCAGGCCCGUCAAUCCCGUGAGAUCCCAGUUCCUGACUUGGUGGCAUAUUGUGGAUGGGGAAAGCCACUCGGUCCUGGUUAUGGAGACUCUCCCAACAGGGCUUCCUUCCCCAGCUCCCACUCGUGGAUGUGAUGGCGGUUCCUGCUCUGUCCCGGUGUCUGUCCCUCCUUGCCCUCCUCUUGUCCCUGGCCAUCUCUCGGGCAUCUACAGUGGUGAACGGAUUGCCUAACACCUCAUCUGGUAGGUGCAAGAGUGGCGCGCAAUCCCCAGAGGGCCACUGGCACCCUGCAGCCAGCCACACCCACCCCAUCUUGCCAGCAGCCGCUUCCAAGCUCACGUGCUUCUACAACUCAAGAGCCAACAUCUCCUGCGUCUGGAGCUGGGAUGGGGGUCUGCAGGCCAUGCCUUGCCGCAUCCACGCCCAGCCCGAUAAAAGGCCUUGGAAUGAAUGCUGUGAGCUGCUCCCAGUGAGGCCAGGCUCCUGGGCGUGUAACCUGAUCCUUGGACUCCCAGAUUCUCAGAAACUGACCAUAGUUGACGUCAUCAGCUUGAGCGUGAUGUGCCGAGAAGGGGGGACGUGGAGGAGGCUGCUGACCCAGCAGUUCAAGCCCUUUGAUAGUGUUCGUCUGAUGCCCCCCAACUCCCUCCAAGUCGCCCAUAUAGGGACCCACAGAUGCAACAUAACUUGGAACCUCUCCCAGUUCUCCCACUACCUUCAAAGCUACGUGGAGUUUGAGGUCCGGACAAGGUCCCCCGGCCUCAGCUGGGAGGAGUCCCCGCUGCUGACCCUCAGGCAGAACCAGCAAUGGAUCUCCCUGGAGACACUCGCCCCAGACACCCCGUAUGAGCUUCAGGUGCGGGUCAGGCCCCAGCUAGGCCACCAGAAGGCUUGGAGCCCAUGGAGCCAGCCCCUGGCCUUCAGGACAAGGCCUGCAGCGCCUGGGAAGAAGAUCCCGCCCAUCCCGUGGUCCGGCCACAUCAUCUUGGGCCUCGUCUUUGCCGCCGUUAGUUUCGUCUUCCUGGUUUACUUUCUGGCCAAAUGCCCGUACAUCGGGCCGUGGCUGAAGAAGCUUCUGAAGUGUCACAUCCCGGACCCCUCGGAGUUCUUUUCCCAGCUGAGCUCAGAGCAUGGAGGAGAUUUCCAGAAGUGGCUCUCCUCGCCCUUCCCUUCGUCCUCCUUCAGCCCCAGCGGCCCGGCACCUGAGAUCUCCCCGCUGGAGGUGCUGGACAGGGACGCCAAGGCCACGCAGCUUCUCCUGCUGCAGCAGGACAAGGGCCCAUCGCCCGCGCCAGAGACCAGCGGCCACUCUGUGACCAGCUGCUUCACCAACCAGGGCUACUUCUUUUUCCACCUUCCGGACGCUCUGGAGAUUGAGGCCUGCCAGGUGUACUUUGCCUACGACCCCUGCGUGGAGGAGAUGGAUGAGGGGGGGCCCGGGGCGCCCGAGGGGGCUCUCCUCCUGCCCCUGCCGCCUCUGUCAGGGGAGGACGAUGCCUACUGCACCUUCCCCCCCGGGGACGACCUGCUGCUCUUCUCCCCCAGUCUCCUCGGUGGCCCAGCCCCACCGCACGCUGCCCUUGGGGGCGCUGGGGCUGGUGAAGCGAGGCUGCCCCCCUCCCCACAGGACGGAGGCCCUGGAGACUGGGUCCCCCAGCCCCCGGGGCCUCCCACCCCAGGAGCCUCUGACCUGGUGGAUUUGCAGUCCCCCCCGGAGCAUGCACUGGGAGAAGAAGGAGAGGAGGGGGCGGCCCCCAGCCCAAGGGAGGGGGCCAGCUUCCCCUGGGCCAGCCCUCCCGGGCACGGCCACGUCAGGGCCCCCACCUCCUGCCUGACCCUGAACACCGAUGCCUACCUGUCUCUCCAAGAGCUCCAGGAUCAAGACCCGGCUCGCUCAGUGUAGACAGAUGGCCAGGGCUGGGAGGCAGGUGGUGGUCCCCUGUUUCGACGGGCCCAAGGGAGGCCUCUCUGCGGGUGAGGCUUGUCCACGGCUGAGACCCUUGAUGUCCAGCUGUGCCCUGGACACCUCUGCCCAGAGGGCCCCAAACAUUCAGCUGUUCACUUCUAAAGCUCAGUUGCUGCUCCCUGGUCCUACUGCCCAAGCCAGGAACAGGGUGGGGGGGGUGCAUGCUGACUCCCCCACUCCCUUGUCAAUCAUGGAGUCCCCUGGGUUUUGCCUCCGAAACAUCCUUCCUCUCCAGCCCCGCGGCUACUCUUCAGGGAGGGUCCUUGUGGUUCCCGGGGGGGCUUCACUCUGGCCUCCUCACUGGGCUUCCUGCCCCAGUCACACCCUCUCCUCCCCAUUCCCCACCAGACAACCAGAGUGUUCUUUCCAGAAUACAAAUAGGGCUAUGCUGCUCCUGGUUUAAAACCCUACCAUGGCCCCCACUGCCCCCAGCGCCACUUCUUGACCCACCUCUUGCCAACUCCAGCAUCAUGUUGGAAGAUUCCAUUCUAGAACCUUCCCAACGGUCCUACUGAGCCACUUGGAGCUCCCUCAUUCCCCUAUACCUUUGCACAUGCUCACCACCUCCAUUAAUGGGCCUAAACCAUGAGAUUCAAUGCUGAAGGGACAGGCUCUUGGGGUCACAGGGUGGCUGGACAAAGUGGCUGUGUCACUUCCCCUUUGGGAUCUCUCCUGACCUCGGAAUGCUUGGUGACCUUACUGCAUCCUUAAUGCUGUGGCCCAAGUAUGGAUGCAAAUGCCCCAGCCAGGUGGACCCUGGCUGAAUCUUUCACAGUGGUCUCAAGACCCAGAUGGCUUGCUGCUGGAAAGUAAUGCCCUCUUAGAGAUGGGUCCCAAUGCCAUCUCAGAAAGCACCCCCCCCCAUCUUGGGCCCCUCCUGCUCCACCCUCCCCUUGGAGGACUCUCUUCUGCAGCUCGGGGGCUGGCACAUGGCCUCCAGAUGACAACUCCAUUCACCGCACUUGACGCAAUGCAUUGGCCCCACCAUGUUCCCUGGUGGCUUAAUGAACCAUCUGGUACCAUCCAGCUCCCAGGAAGAUGCCUGUGCCUAGGCCUUUCUGAGAUUAAGAUUUGGAGGGGUAGAAGUUCUCAUGGUGGCUCAGCGGGUUAAGAACCUGACUGGUGUCCAUGAGGGCUUGGGUUCGAUCCCUGGCCUCGCUCAGUGGAUUAAGGAUCCAGCAUUGCCUUGAGCUGUGGUGUAGGUUGCAGAUGCGACUCAGAUCUGGCAUUGUUGUGACUGUGGUGUAGGCUGGCAGCUGCAGCUCUGAUUCGGCAUCUAGCCUGGGAACUUCCAUGUGCCGCACAUGCGACCCAAAAAAGCAAAAAGAUUUGGAGAGGCGGAGAUCCAUGCCCAGUAGGUUUCAGGAUGCGGCUCCAGCAAGAGGCUCCUUGCCAUGUGGCAGUCCUCUCCGCCCACACACAGCCCCUUCCUUCUCGGUGCUCCCCACCACUCCUCCACUUUUCUUCCCUCUGUCUCUGGCACUGAUUACACCUAUGAUGCCUGUCCCAGGCAUCUUGACUUAAAGUCUGCAGAAGGCAGAAAGGCUACUAGACCCAUCUAACUCCGGGUGUAAAAGCACAGGGCCUGCAUUUAUAGGCACUGCUUACAGCUGAUUGGGCACCUGACACAAGCCCUCCCUUAGGUUCAUCAGCAGCCUAUGAGGUGGCUUAGAAUGGAAGCUCUUUUCAAUCAGGGAGGCUGGGCCUGAGUUGGCCAAUCAGAUUUCUCUCAGUCUAGGGCAGGGGGGAGGACCCUGGGAGCAGAUGCACUGCAGAGAAGGUGCCCAGAGGAUGCUCCGGCUCUUGGUACAGAGACUCCUGCUCCCAGGGGGCUACUGCCGUUCACUCAGGAUUCCUGUUUCUUUUAGGUCCAAAGUAACCUCCCCUUUCCUGAGGUUGGCUGAAUCUUGGAUCCUUACCAUGAACUAGCUUAAUUACCCCCCCCAUCUCACUCCCCAUCUCCUGCCAUAGGAGGUGGUAUGUCCUGGACAUACGGGUUGAAGUCUCCUCAACCGCAAGGAGAGCGUCAGACCCAAGUUUGGUGCCUAUAGCUUUGCUUUUUGUCCUGUGGCAACUAGGAAAUCUCUCUGCAAGUCAAUUUCCACUUUGAAGAAUUUUUGGAAGGUUUACAUUUCUCAGGCUCGGUCAUUUCUCAGGCUGUAUCAUCUUUGUUAUUGUUUACUUAAUAUUUUUCUUUGAAGCAAUUCACCUUUUUUGUUUAAAUACUUUUAUUUAAAUAAAAAUCUUUACAUUGGUUCUG